AUGAACGGCUUUGAGCCGAUUGGACUCCAACCUGUCUUUUUCCUAUUGAAUUCGAUUUCGAGGAUCAUGAAGCAAUUUAAUCUAGAGAAGUCAUCCGGAUGUGCAGCCCUCAGAGUCACAAUCCUUGGGUUAUUAUGUUUUGCACAAAUCCAACAAAUCACCUGCGUUCAACUUGGACGUUUCGCCCUCACAAAACGUAUGGCAGAACUUCCAAGACUCGCAGAAGAACAAGUAAAAGCUUUGAAAACCCGUCCACAACCCACACCAGAAGAAGUAGAGAAAGCAUGGAACCAUCCAUUGAUAACAGAAAAUGUACUUUUCAAAGAUGAAAAAUCACAACAGAUUAUAAACCACGUUAAGACAUCUCCAUACGCCAUGUAUUUUGAUUUUAUCGGAGACAUUACAAGCCUUGAAGCCUCCAAAGGUGAACAUGGCCAAAAAACUUCAACAAGUAUGGAAUAUGUAUUGCAAGCAGAAUUGAAAAGAAAAUCAGCAAGUGAAACUCUUGGAAACAUUUCAUUGCUUAAAUUAUUAGAAGAGUUCAAAGAAUCACCAAAGAGUGAAUUGGAAGUAGUCGGUAAUAUCUUUGCGCGUGUAAGGGAUGACCAUGCAAAGGCCAUGAAGAUUGCAACUAAAUAUUCAGAAGCCGUAGAAGCAGGGAAAUAUGCAAUGAUUCUAGAUAAUGAAGCUGAUGAUCUACUGUACCUUUGGGCCAACUUUGCAGAUGGAUUGAUUCCAAAAGUGAUCAUCACUUAUGGUGGCUUUGUUGAACUCAGGUUCCAAGCUGUCAAACAAUUUGUUGCCGCUUUAUGUAAACAUUAUGAAGUUGAAGACGACCAGAUGCCAAAGGUUUAUAAAGGUUUCGCUCAUCCAUAUGCAGCUGGACAAAAGCGUCAUUCAUAUGAUCUAGAAGAGGGCAUCGGUCAUAUCGAUGAAGAACUACGUACACAAUAUAUCGAAAAAUCUCAAGCACUUGAAAAAGAGUUGAAGGACGCAGAUGGUAACUGGCAUGCAGGGGCUUGGGAUCAUGAUGAGUUCAAAGAUGGUUUGGAAGCAUUGAAGACGCUCAUCGACAAUUCUGAAUAUACUGCGAUUGCUGUACUCACUUGCCCGGCAACUGUCGCUCACCUGAUCAGCAAAGAUGAAAAGUUAGCCAAGAAGAUCGGAGUGACAAUGUCAAGUCCAUGGUCCUGGUCCUGGAACAAAGAGGGUGUGAGGUAUCGCCCUGCCUUCAAUGGAGGACGUCAAAUCCCAGUGAUGAAUCAGCUAUUGAAUUCUGAAGUAGAUUUCAUAGGUGUAGGAGGAGGAACAGCUAGAACUAAAGGAAUGAGAACAAUUCAUGAUGCUAAACAUGGUUCAGGAGCAGCCGAAGAUAAAGAUAAAUAUUAUGCAGAAAAGGGUUUGGAAAACUUAGAAAAGGUUUUAUCAACUGACUCUGAAGUUGAAUUUCUUCGGAUCAUUGCUCUUGCUGGUCAAAAUAUCACGCGUCCAACAUGGAGAUGGUGGGAUAAAUCAAUGUCAAAACUUUUCAAGUUUCUCGGGAUUAAACCAAUAGAUCGUCCAAAUCUGGAAUCAAUGAGAGAAGUUCCAGAAGGCUAUGAGGAUUUAAAAGGAAAAGCUGUAAGAACAGAACCAAAAAAGCCCAAACUUCCAGGAGCACUUGAUUGGGGUCUAGAUGGAUUCUUAUCGUGGUCAAAGAUUUGGUUAAUUUGGUUGAAUCCUAUACAAUGGCAAGCUCCUUCAGCUGACCUACACGCAUUGAUCACCACAACACCCGCCUAUCUACAAGCAAUCUCAGGAGUAGCUCGGUAUGCAGCAGGGAGCGCAGAUGAAGGCAGACUCGUCAGAUUUGUUAAACCUGAGGGGAAAGCUGCUACAAAUGAAAAGGGUGUAUUUUACUCCGUGACUGAUAUGAAUUUCCAGGUUGUCAUCGAUAAACUGCAAGGAAUGUUGAAUGGUAUCAAACAGCAUCGAACCGGGAGAAAGUAA